AGACGUAUUUCCGCAUCUGCGCACUGUGGCGCACGAAGGAACACGUUGGUUGGGGCAAAAAGCAUGGCGGACAUCGGUGAGGGAAGCUCAAAGCAAAACACAGACGCAGAAAAACACGAAGGUUCAAGUAGUGACGAUGAUAACACCAACAACAACAGUGGCGAAAAUCAGGUGGCGGUAAAGACCUUCCAAGACUUGGGUGUCACCGACGUACUCUGCGAGUCUUGUGAUCUGCUGGGAUGGAAGAGUCCAACAAAGAUUCAGAUUGAAGCUAUACCAUUGGCACUGCAAGGAAAGGAUGUCAUUGGCUUGGCUGAGACCGGUUCAGGAAAGACUGGUGCUUUUGCUCUGCCCAUCCUCCAGUCACUGUUGGCCUUACCCCAGAGGCUUCAUACCCUCGUCCUCACUCCCACCAGAGAGUUGGCCUUUCAGAUCUCAGAGCAGUUUGAGGCCCUCGGUUCAAGCAUUGGCGUCAAGUGUGCUGUCAUAGUUGGAGGAAUUGACAUGAUGUCUCAGUCUUUGGUGUUGGCCAAGAAACCACACAUUGUCAUUGCCACACCCGGUCGACUGAUAGACCACAUGGAGAACACAAAGGGCUUCUCCUUGCGAGCGCUAAAGUUUCUUGUCAUGGAUGAAGCAGACCGAAUCCUCAACAUGGACUUUGAGACUGAGGUGGAUAAAAUCUUGAAAGUGAUUCCCAGGGACAGGCGCACCUUCCUUUUCUCUGCAACGAUGACCAAAAAGGUCCAGAAACUACAGAGAGCCGCUCUGAAAGACCCGGUCAAGUGUGCUGUUUCUACCAAAUACUCGACAGUAGAAAAACUGCAACAGUAUUACAUCUUCAUACCAUCGAAGUACAAGGACUGUUAUCUGGUGUCCAUCUUGAAUGAGCUGGCUGGCAACUCCUUCAUCAUUUUCUGCAGCACCUGCAACAAUGCACAGCGGGUGGCGCUCCUGUUGAGGAACCUCGGCAUCACUGCCAUCCCUCUUCAUGGUCAGAUGAGUCAGAAUAAACGUCUCGGCGCGCUAAACAAGUUCAAGGCCAAGUCUCGGUCAGUGCUGCUGGCUACUGACGUGGCAUCCAGAGGACUUGACAUUCCACACGUUGAUUGUGUCAUUAACUAUGAUAUCCCCACACACUCCAAGGACUACAUCCACAGAGUCGGGCGGACAGCCAGAGCAGGACGGUCGGGGAAGUCUAUUACAUUUGUCACCCAGUAUGAUGUGGAGCUUUUCCAGAGAAUUGAAAGCCUGAUUGGAAAGAAACUUCCUGCCUUCCCCACCCACGAGGAGGAGGUGAUGAUGUUGGUGGAGAGGGUCAGCGAGGCCCAGCGGUUUGCCAGGCUGGAAAUGAAGGAACAAGGUGAAAAAAGGAGAAGACACAGAGAUCGUGCUGGCGACGAGGAUGACACCGAGCAAGCAAGUGGCGUGAGGAAGAAGGUGAAAGGAGGCCCAGGAGCAAGACCAGGAGGCGGGAAGAAGAGGGGCGCAGCUGCCUGGAGAGGUGGCCGCAGAGGCCUCUGACUUAACUAUAGACUGUACAUAACCGCAACAUUAAAUAUCUUGUUUUUGAAGCCAAAACUGGAUUAUGAUGACACCCAGUUUUCCUGCCUUUAUCUUGGAAGUACAUGGCCUUUUAAUUACACAUAAACAUCCCUUUUGUCAUUGCAUUUUUCCAAUUGGAGUAAAAUUCUUCCACUUGAAGCGUUGAUCAAAUGUUUUCUCUUUCCUGACCCCAGGGGGAGCUGUUACUCUGAAUAGUGCAGUAAAGGGCGUCCUCGGUUUAGGAAUUUCGAGGUUACCAAUGGUAUGUGGCGUAAGAAUACGUCGUCACACGGCACAAAAAGGUACCCUCAGUUACCGUUGGACUUGCCAUUUUUCAUUUGAUGUUUUAGAUUUAUAGCAUAGAUGUUUUUAAUAAAAAUAUUGCAAUUAUUACUCCACUAUUGCGUUCGGUUAAGUUAAUGAUAGGCUAUGUGCAUUCUGACUACAUAUUUGGGUUAUGUCGCCACCAUAGGAAUGGAGCUCUCGUAAACCUACAAUGUACUGUUUCUAAUCAUCUGUUGAGCACAUGUUUUACAAUCUCACAGCACACCACAAACAAAAAUUUCCCCCAAAAAAAUAUUUUCCUAAAAUACUGAUGUUCUCGUGAAAUCUGGGUCAGUUUAAUUGAACACAAGCUAUUCUGUUGUACGAAUAGCGAUAGGUGGAUACACUGGAUAAUUGUACCUUCUGCCAUUUCAUAGAAGAGCAUUUAAUUGUUCUGCCUGCAGCCUGUCACUAUUUGUUUCUGGAUGAACCAGGUCAAUUUUUAAAAUAAAUUAUAUUUGGAUCAAUUACAUGAAACUACAUGUAUCCCGUGGGAGUGCAUCAGGUGUGCUGUGGGAAAUUAUCCAUUUCACUUUCAAAAGGGGUUUAUUUACUUCAAAUAAUGUAUCAUCGUUCAUCUAUCUCUGCCAGCAAUGCAUCGUGAUGGGUUGAGCCAAGUUUAUGCUCUUCCACUAGAUGACAGAAGAUGCAAUUAAAUAGCUUCCAUUUUUA